UUGUCUGGAGCUCUACACUCGCCAUGCCAUGGAUACUUUAUGGCAAUACCAGUUCAGGAUCAUUCUACUGGGCGACUCGACGGUGGGCAAAUCAUCUUUACUGAAGAGGUUCACGGAUGGCAUAUACAGCGAUGUCGCGGACCCGACGGUCGGUGUGGAUUUCUACGCCCGUUCGCUUGACAUCGAACCGGGGGUGAAAAUCAAACUACAGCUGUGGGAUACAGCCGGACAAGAGCGAUUCAGGUCCAUCACCACUUCAUACUAUCGCAACUCUGUGGGCGGCCUCCUAGUCUUUGACCUGACUAAUAGGAAGACCUUCGAUCACGUGCGGGAAUGGCACAGAGAAGUCAGCGAGCACAUCCUGCCCCAUCACAUGGUCUACAUCCUGAUUGGCCACAAGAGCGACCUGAACCGCGACCGCAAGGUGUCGCGAGACGAGGCGGAGCUGCUGGCGGCCGAACUCGGCAUCCGUUACGUGGAAACUUCGGCCAAGUGCAACAGCAAUGUGGAACGCGCUUUCGAGCUGCUCACACGGGACAUCUAUGAGCUGAUGAAUAUGGGGGAGAUCUCCACCCGUGACGGCUGGGAUGGGGUCAAAAGCGGCCUCACCGCUAAAGUUCUUUACCCAGCUGAGGAGGAGGCAGAGCGAGAGAAGAGCUGCAACUGUUGACUCCCACAAUCCACCAGUAAUCUCUCACCUGUGUAUCUGUCGGUUGUUGCUCACCUCGGUUUUCACUAAGGGCGCCUACACACUAGAGUUGCGUCAGAGAACGUUGCCAAUCCAUUGAGUUCAAUGGGGAUGGUGUGUCGGAAGGACGUAGAGGAAAAACGCAAGUGUUGUGGAAGUGAUGCGGCCAUUGACCAGUGAGAAUUUCAGACAGAUGGGUCCGGUUGUGCUUUUGGAAAUCCAAUGCAUAUUCCCUCUUGAUUCCAAACUGACCCGGUUCUUUCCAUUCUCUGAAAAUGGAGUUUACGCAUUCCUAUUUGUCAAGUGCUCCAUCAGAGCUUGUUUCUAGUGUGUAUGCGCCUGAAUGCAUCACGUCAUGGUCACUGCCUCAGGUUCUGGUCUAUUUUCACCAAUUGCACUUACCUUAUUGUUGCUGUAUGAGGUUAUGAGUUCUCUCAACGCAAGCCACUCAGAGAUGUUCCUUCCAGUGUGAUAAGUGAUUAAGUAUCAGUGUAGUAUAUUUGGACUGGAAUGGACUGGCCCUGCUUCAUUUUAUGGAAGGCCAUCCCAUGUUCAGAUGUCACCAGUGGUUAAAAAAGCUUGCAGCAGUCUUGUGGACAGUAAUGUUUGGCUAAACAUUUUCAUUUGUCAGUGGGUUUUCUCAGUCUAGUUUGAGCUCUGUCUCUUCUUUCCACAUUCUCACGCACAGUGAUUUUAAUAUUUUAGGAAACACGUACAUCCAAUAAUUUGUAAUUAUUUAUUUGGCUUGUUCCAUUUCACUUAACCAUGAUCACUGUGGCAAAUUCACAUUGAGAGAAAAUAUCUUGAAGGAAUCUAGUGACUACAGUCUUAACUAUAUUGUCUAUUGCAACCUGGUCACAUAGAAUGAACGUCACUAUAACUACAUUUUUGCAAACUGACUUUAACGUGCCUUGUUCUACGUUUCAUCACAGUUUCCUGGUGAAAUGAACACUAGAGGCGCUACAACAACUGUGCGUUUUAUUCACUUUCACACAAAUCACGAGUACAAUGGCUGAUUAUGACUUUAUAAAUACUUAUUUUUCACUUUAUUAUUCUCACACUGCUAUGUUAUGAUAUCAAAUUACUUUUACUAUAACGCAUAAUUUGAAAAACUAUAAAUUUUAACAUUUGUAUUACAGACUCACCUACAUUUACACACUUAUUUCAAUGUGAUUAGCUUGUGCGGUAGCUCACCUGAUAGAGCGUUGUAUUUUGAACUCUGAAAUCCGCAGUUUAACAUCAGUCAAGCACGCAAGCUGACCCUUGAGAUGAGAGUGUCAUAGAAGCGACACGAGAUGACGUGGUUGUUUCAGAAAUCGGCUUUUCGUAUCUCAUUUUGUUUUUGGACACUAUCGCUUAGGUUUAGGUUAAAGUUUAAGUUAAUGAGGUACGUUUUACUCAUUAAAACCUCCAUCUACUAUUCACCUUAAAAACCUUAUCUGAUUAUGACACAAUUUCACUCUCUUUUUGCGCCCCCCGCUGGACACUGCAGCAAAACGUGUAAUGAAGCACGUAAUUUUGUUUUGCAAAAAUGUGGCCACAGUCUCGUAAUGUUCAUGAGAUCAGGCUGGUCUUACCCUUUAAGCGAGAUGAAAAUGAGUCAGAGUUAGAUAGUGACACACAAAUUUGCAACCUGGUCUCAUAGAAACACGUUACUAUACCUACAUAUUUUGCAAAGUUAUUUUAACCUGUUGUACAUAUAGCGGCAGUUUCCUGGUGAAAUGAACACUAGAGGCGGCAAACAAAUUUGAUUAAUUUUCACUAAAAUCACUAGUAAAAUGGCAGAUUUUUAGUUCAUAAACACUUUUUGCUAUCUUAUGAUAUCUAAACACUUUUACUAUAGCGCAUGACUUGUAAGGCGAUACACUUUAACAUUUGCUUUACAUAACCAACUACAUUUACAAGCUUGUUUGAGUGCAAUCAAAUUGUGAGGUAGCUUAGGUAUGAGUCCUAAAGAGCAUGUGAGUCGACACAUGAGCCGAAAGUGUCAUAGAAGCACCACAAAAUGACAUAGUUGCUUUAGCAGUUGUGUUUUUCCACUCACAUUUGUUUUUCAUGACACUAUCGGUUAGUUUGAGGUUUAAGGAUUAGAAUAGGGAGGUCGGUUUUGUUGAUUCAAAUCUUGAUAGAGCAUUAACCUUUGGGAGAACAUUUUACUCACUUUUAGUGCCACGCAGUGGACAUUUCAGCUCGGAACUGCCGCCAUACAUGUAAUGAACCUCGUAAUUUCAUUUUGCAAAAAUAUUGCCACAGUCACGUAAUUUUUAUGAGAUCAGGCUGCAAAAUUGAGCUUACAUAGCUAGAAGUGUUAGCAUUCAUGAACUUGUAGAGUUUCGUGCCUAAGAGCAGGUUGGUUAUCGGCUGGUAAUUUCUGGGGAAAAGGACAAGAGUAAAGCUUCUCUCUGACUAAUAAAUGGGUCUGCAAAUGUAAUUUAGCACAAUAUUCUCUGAUUUACCCACAUUUCUCAUCCUGCCAGGAGAAAUAAUAAAAUUCCACUCUAUUACUUAAUUAAUACCACUUAGUUGGUGCAGCCCAAGUUCUGCAGAAAUCACCAAAACAAUGUAAUAAUCUGUAAAAAAAAUAAAAAUAAUAAUAAUAAUAAUUGUAAAUCCAGCCUAUUUUAAAAUGUCAUCUUGUUUUUG